UUUUUAGCCUUUAUGAAAUUGGAAAACGUAAACUUCCGGCAUUCUUUCGUUUCUUUUGUUAGCUUUUGACUGGUUUCAAUUUACGUUGUCAUAGUCGAGAGUUGUUGGUAAUCAUCAGUUCAAAGAAAAAAUAAUUAAUUAAUGAGCUGAAGAUGGUAACUAUACAUUAAUAUUUCCGCAUUUUUAAACUGUGUACCUUAAGUAGUUUACUAAAUAACAAAGAAGACGAGUGUAAUUGUAUACUAUCAUUACUAUGUAUGGCAUCUUUCCGUCUGCGGGAGACGAUGCAAGCAAUUGGUGUGGCUGGUGAGACCAAUCCUCGAAUGGCAGUCUCUGUUACAUUUCCCUCCUCGCUCAUUUUGCAGCUGUUUCCGCCCUGUUUUGCUCCUCGGCAUGUAGUGAUCCUGCCUUCACGAUGUCCCGCCAUGAGGAUCGAUCCUCUGCCAGCUCCUCCCAGUUUGAGAUGUCGAUGUUGGCAGACUUCAUGUCUCUUUUGCAUAUGUCUAAGUAUCUCAGACGAGGCCGUCCAACUGACCUUUUCCCUGUCGCUAGCUCGCUGUAUAGCACUUCAUUUGUUAUGCGACCAGGUUGCAUUCGCUUGACGUGUCCAAGCCAGCGGAGGCGUCUUUGACUUAACAUGGCUGGGACGCUAAAAUUGUUUGUUUGGGACAGGACAUCCGUGUUGGGGACUUUGUCUUGCCAUUUAAUGUCAAGGAUGUGGUGCAGGCAUCUGAGGGGGAAGCUAUUGAGCCUUCUUUCGUGGUUAGAGUAUGUGGUCCACGACUCGCAUCCAUACAGGAGUGUGCUCAGUACACAGGUCUGGUACACCUGCAGCUUAGUUCUUGUUGUGAGUUUGGUGUUUGACUAGACUCUUUUCUUCAGUCUGGCCAUAACAGUUGCGGCCUUCCCUAUCCUUCCACUUAUCUCAUCCUACAUUGAGAGGGUGCUCGAUAUGUUGGAUCCCAGAUAUGUGAAACUGUUAACAGUAUCCAAUUCGUAGUCGUCGAUGGCGAUAGUGGGGAGGAAGUCAGCGUCCUGUGCCAUAAUGUUAGUUUUCUUUAGGCUAAUUGCCAGGCCAAACUCUUUGCAGGCAGCGGAUAGGCUGGAUACGAGGCUCUGCAGGCCGUCUGCUGUGUGAGAUACCAAAGCGGCAUCGUCCGCAAACAAGAACUCGCGCAGCAUGACCUUUCUUGUUUUAGUCUUAGUUAUAAGGCGGGCAAUGUUGAAUAAUUUGCCGUCAGCUCUAGUGUGGAUGUAUAUCCCCUCGCUGUUGUUCUUAAAGGCAUACUGGAGUAGGAUGGAGAAAAAGAUUGCAAAUAAAGUAGGAGCCAGCACGCAACCUUGCUUGACUCCACUACCCACUGGAAAAGCUUCCGAGUGUAAUUAAUAUAAGAGGAACAAUACUAAUAACUUAUAACUAAUACUCCUAUACCAAUACUAAUAAUUAUAUAAUUUAUAAUUAAUAACAUUCAAAUUUUAAAUUUUUUUAUGAUUAUUAUUUAUUGUUAUUUUUAUACUUUAUUAUAAACUUUUGACAUUUUCAUAUAGUUUUAGUAAUCAUUUAAUUUACAGUAUGUAUUACAUUAUACGGCUUUUUAUUUAAUUGAAAUCUACACUAGUCGACUACAGUCUCUAGUUUUUACAGACAUUCUGAUUCUGAGACUGUCACACUUUCAUUAAAAUAAAUUAAUGGGAAUCUACCACUUCAGGAUUGGUUGUGAAAAAAUCAAGUUUUUUUUUGUUUUUUCGGUUUGAAGUGCUAUUUGAAUGGUUACCGGUAUUCUUCUAUUGAUGUCCAUUCAUUAAUAGUACAGUGGAAAAGGCUACUGGGUUUUCCGUGGCUUUGAAAGAGAGAGUGGGCGCUGUUUUCUUAUUGAAGUGCCAUAUAUAUUAACGACAUGCAAUUACAUUACAGGAGUGCAUAGAGAACUAUAUCCUUCCAGCCCCACUACUUUUUUAGACGUAUGUGUGGUUUAUGCAAACAUAAACCAAAUCAGAAACUGAAUCAACAAACUCUUCUUUGCUGUUCAUCAAUAAAAAUUUUGUAAAUCCACACGACACUGUUGAAAAAAUGUGGACGCAGGCAAAGUGAAAACUGAAAAAACAAUUUAGCAAAAGAUUCAAAUUUUUUCCCCUCAUUUUUGCAUGAAUUCAUGUCCCACAAUUGUUUUCGUGGAGAUGAUUUAAACUCAAACUGUGUUUUCUUUUCAUACAUUAAAUUGGUUACGUUUUUCUAUUUUUAAAAAUUUUGUCUUUUUUUUUAUAAUUGUACUGAAAUGAAUAUGUACAAUGUCAUAAAAAUGAAAAAAUUUCCAUUUAUUUGGAUCAAUAAAAGAAUAAAACAAUCCCCACUUAAAUAGAACUUCAAACCGGAAUAACAUGAUUUUUCAUAACCGACGCUCAAGUGGUAGAUUACCAAAAUAGUCAUUAUAAAUUUUACAUUGAAAAUAAAAUGUUUUUUUUUUGUUGACUUAUACUGUGACUUUGUACUAACUGAUAAUACUAAUAUUAGCCUAAGUAAGUUGCCAUUAUUAUAAGUCUUAGUCUAAGUAAUUAACUUAGUAAGUAAGUAAGUUAACUAAAUUAUUUUUUGUAAAGAAGUAAUGUAAGUUGACAGUGUAAGUGUAGGUAGUAGGUUACAAGUAGGGUUGGCCUAAAAAUGAUAAUGAGUAAAAUCCAGAUUAGUGAUCAGUGACUUAAUUAGCUAAGCGUUACUAGUAAGUGUGGAACAUGACCUUGAUCAUCAGUAUCUAUCGUGUUGUGUAUUUUUCUAUUUUCAUCCCAAUCCCCCUCAUUUGCCCUUCACCUUAUAAACCACCCUACACACUUCCUCUUCUCAACCUCAUCCCCCCUACCAACUCAAACCUCCAACAAUGUUUCAUAGACCACCUUAAUCCUCUGCCAACUCUCCUCUUUGGACUUACACCUUACAAACAUCCUCCAUCACUUACAUUGGCCUUAGCCUCCUCCUCAUCACUGCACUGACUAAGAGUUAAGAGCUAUUUAUGAAUGAAUUUACUUGUUCAUAAGCCAAUUUUGUUUUAUAUUUCAGGGAGAUAAGGGAGGUGGUUCUGCUUAAGAGCUGGUAUUAUUAUGAUACUUUAAAAAUUUUCUCUAUAUAAAUUGAUUUUAUUAUAAAAAUAAAAUAAAAAAUAACAGAAGGCGAAAUUGGGCUGUGUUUUGUCCUCAUUUCACGCUGCUAUGCUUUGAGAGUAUCAAAAGUACUUUAAUAGAAAAAUGAAAUUUUUAUUGUAGAUGGCAGAGGUCUUAUUUUUUUAAAUUUUCAGAAUAGUUACAAUACUGUAUUUACCAGUAAUGAAGCAAAAGGACUGUCUGUAUGUUUAUUAGUUUCUAGGUCUUUUUACUUAAGCAAAAAUUAUUGUUAACUGUCUGGAUUUUAACAAAAUAAAUUAUUUUAAUUAGUGCCAUAUUGUUUAUCCUGUUUUAUGGGGUUCCAUGGAGCUGGUUACACACUUUUCAAUUUUUUCCCCAGCCAAAACUAAAAGGGUUGGCUUAUGAAUAAAUGGGCUUAUAAAGUAUAUAUGGCAUGCUCUGCACACAAAAAGGAAACAUUAAAAAAAUGAGAAGGAAAGUUAAAAUUGUAUGAAACAAAUAAUAAUAAUUCCAAUCACAAUUGAAUUGAAAAUUAUGAUUUUUAAUUUGAAGCAAUUUAUUUUUUAUAUUUUACAUAUAAAGCCUAAAAAAUAAGUCUAUUGAUUCAGAAGAUUUUAAUUUUAGUUUAAACCUUAGGCUUUAGCUUAUUUAAAUCCUGGCACUACACAAUCAAAAUGGGUGCAAAAUAUAAAUAGUACAUUACAUACUUAGUGUGCAGAAAUAUUUAAUUCAUUUGGCACAGAAACACAGAUCACAUAUUAAGUGUAUGGUAUAAAAGAAAAUAUUUUGUUAUUUAUUUCAGAGUAAGAAGAUCUUUGUGGUAUAAUUCCUUAUUUUUAAAAAUUGAAGUUUGAACUUAAUAUUAAGCAGCAACCAAAAUGUAGUUCAAUACCUUGUUUUAAUAUGUUUUGUGAAAAGCUCCCAACUAGACAAUUAUAUGAUAUAUUCAUUCUAAUUACUAUAAUAACUUUAAGACAAUGAUGAUAUAAAUAUUAUUAUAUAAAUAAAUUUUGAUUUUGAUCACAAUUUUAAAAAUAAUUUUUUGUUGUUGGUUAAUUUUAUGUUCUUAAAAAUACUAUCCAUUAUUCAUAUUAAUUAUGCAAAAUUUAAUUUAAUGUUUUAGAUUUAUUCUCUUUCCCCAAAACAUGAUCUUACAAAAAAAAAUUCUUAAUAAUUGUUUCAAAAAAGUAUUUUUAAUAAGUCAUAUUUUUAUGUCUAGUUCAGCUUUGGCAAUACUUUUCCCGAUGGUCGUACUUUCAAAGAAACAUACAAAUGUUUCAGCGUGACAAUGCUUGGAGACAGAGAGGAUGUAGAAAGAGGUGGAAAAAGUGAGUUACGGUAUCUAAUGUUUGUUUAUUAAGGUAAUUUGUAGCUUUUGUGGCAAUCACUUUGUCACAAAUCAUUCCAAGCCUUUCUUGUGUGACAGCACAAAUAAGUAAGGUUCCUUAAGCCAUUUACCUCAACUUAAUUAUUGACCUAUAUUUUCAAGUCGCAAGCAAGAUUAUACAAGGUAAUAACAAGUGAAAUAAUAGAUUGUUAGAGUAAUGUUUUCAAAUAAUUAUUCUGUUAAAAAGUUUUAAUAUUUGUUUCAAUAUUUUUACAAUAAGAGAUUUUGAAUAUUCUUACUGUCUCAAAAAGCAGCUGUUACAAUCUUUUCAAAAUAAGACAUUUUGAAUAAUCAACUUCAAUUUGUACUUGUUCCUCUUCUUAUUCUAUAUAUUAAAGGCUCACGAUCAAUGUAUUCGAUCAUUCUGGCUCCUAUGUAUAUAGAGGGGAUUUGCAAUAUUUUUUUUGCUUGAUAUUAAAGAAUAUAUUUCACUGGUUGCAAGGGCUACAACAGGAGCUGGGGGUUAAAGGCCUGAGGCAAUAGACGCAAAUGUGUCAAGUGUUGUCGCCUCAACUGUUCCUUUUGUAAGAAAUUAUUACAAAUCAUUUGUCUUUUUUUUUCCUUCACAAAUAUUUGGAAAUAGAGCUUUGUGAGAAUUGAUUCUUACUUCACAAUGCCCAUUCACAAUCCUGGCAUUAAAAUGUAUGAUAUAAUAUAUGACUUUCUAUAUUUUUAUUCAGUUAUCAUGCCACCAUCUGCUUUGGACCAACUGAGUAAGUAUGCUAGUUUUAUAUUUAUUGAAAAAUGUACCCUUUCUUUAUUAUUUGGUGUCUGUUUUAGUUAUAUUUGGGUACAAGGUGCAUCUGUUUCAUUAUUUAAUAUACAUUUUAAAAUUUAGAGCUGGAUUAUCUCCUUUAGGCUUAGUGACCAAGGAGCUUGCUUUUAAAGAUUAAAACUGAUAGCAGGCUACUUGAAAUGAAAAUCUGUUAUUUUUUCUAGAUAAUUUUUUCAUAAUUAAAACUAUAAAUUAACAAAAAUGAGUCAUAGCAUUAUUACAACUUGAAGUAGAUAAGUCAGAUUGGUCAGGAUAGUGCAAUAUUUCUCCUGUCUUUUGUCAGGGUGGUAAACUAAUGGUCUUAUCCUUUUAACCAUGUGCCAUGUUAUCUCACAUACAUAAGUGUUGGAGCCUCUUUUUAUUUUGGGAAUUAGAUGAAAGACACAACUUGCUACUGACUAGGCAAAUUUGGAUUAUAAACAAUCCAUACACACACCAAUUUAAAUAUAUAAAGAAAUAGAGACUGUGGUCAUUGAAAACAAAAAAAAACCAGUUGUUAAAAGUUUGAAAUUGCCAAGCCUCUGUGUAGUCUGGAGCCAUACAAAAUAGAGAUUCUAAAAUGUUACGUUUUAAAACCUUUUAAAUUUUAUCUUAGCCCAUUUAUUAUUAUUGCAUUAAAAAUAUUUUUUAGGUUUUAUAUUUUGUUGUUAUUGCAGUUCUUAACAUGACAGCUUUUCUGUCCUCAUGGCUUCACACCAAACAAUUCUACUGUGGAUUCUCUUGUAUUUUCAGCUCGUCUGAAUAUUCAGUAUCCUAUGUUGUUCAAGCUAACAAAUAAAAAGUCCAACAGAGAAACUCAUUGUGGUGUUCUGGAGUUUGUUGCAGAUGAAGGACGCAUAUUUAUUCCUUAUUGGGUAAUUGUACAUUGAAAUAGAAGAAAAAAAUUGCUGGUUAUCUCUUGUUAAACUUGAAAACAGUGUUAUUAAUAGAAAUUUACCUUCCAGAAGCCUGAUGGUAGCUACAAAUGAUAAUCCUUUGAUGUUUUUUGUGUGUUGUUUUUUUUUCUACAGAUGAUGAGAAAUCUGUGUGUUGAUGAAGGCGAUUUUAUCCAGAUUGACAAUGUUUCAUUAUCGGUGGCCACAUACGCAAAAUUUCAACCGCAGUCUGUGGAUUUCUUGGAUAUUACCAACCCCAAAGCUGUGUAUUCUUUUUAUUAAUGUCUUUGAUCGCAAUGGAUACGGGACAUAAAAAUUUAUUUUGAUGUGAUUGUAUAUCUGAUGCUUAAAUUAAGAGACACUGCUAAUCUGAUGAGUAAGACCUUGUUAAAACAUAAUUUAUGUUCACUAUUUUUUAUUGUUGGUAAUUUGUAAUUUAUUUCCUUGACACAUAAAGCCUUGAAAAUGCCCUGAGGAACUUUGCUUGUCUUACUCAAGGAGAUGUUAUAGCCAUAAAAUACAAUGACAAAGUAAGUUUUAGGAAAUGUUGGUUUCAUGAGAUAGAUUGAAAAAGUGCAUAAGAUAAAGAAAGAUACUGUGGCCAUUGAAAACAAUAACAAAGUAACUCAUUUUUUUUUUGGUAACUUUUUAGACACAACAGAAUAUUGCAAGGUGAUAAACUUCAAAUAAAAGGGACCUAUUGCUUACUUUAUACAUUUCAUUCUGUUAGAUUCAUGCGCAAAACAAUUCAAAUCAUUAUUAAAUUUAAAUACAAGUGUGUUUGUUUUUUUUGUUCAUUGUGACAGGAGUAUGAGCUGUGUGUACUGGAGAGCAAACCAGGAAAGGCUGUCUCCAUCAUUGAGUGUGACAUGAGAGUGAGUAUUGAACAGGAGAUCCCUUUAGUUGUUGUCUAUGUAAACAUCACUGUUUCAUUUGAUGCAUAUGCUUAGAUAAUAACAUUAAGUCUGUGAGAUGAAUUCAUUUAUAAUUAAGGUGACCAUUUAUACUGAUUUUUACCAGAGCAGCACUGGUUUUUGGAUUUGUCCUUGUUUGUCAUGAGCUGAAAACAGUAUAUUUAAAGACUACCAAAUUUAUUUUUUUUAAUUGAGUACUGGGUAUAUCUGACAACCAGGCUUAUAUAAAUAACUAAAAGGAGUAUAAUUAAUCCUAAUUGUCAUCAAAAGAAAAAAAAAAAAUUCAAUGACAAGUUAGCCUCACUGGCAGAAGACAUCUCUCUGUAAUCACAAUUAAUUGUUCAUUUUUGGACACCUAUGUAGCAAAAUGAUUUUAGAAGUCAUUUUUUUAAAUUUGAAAAUUGUUUACUGUCCUGGUUUUGACUAUGGAAAAAUAUGGUCACUUUAUUUAUACCGGUAAUGAAAUAAAUAAAUAUAUAUAUAAAUGAAAGAAAGAGCAUAUAAAGCCUUUAUCCGUCUGAUUUUAGAUUAUGCAUCUUCAGUCUGGGACCCAUUUACCCAGAAGAGCAUUGACAGGUUGGAGGCGGUCCAGCGACGAGCAGCACGCUUUGUCCUUAACCGCUACAGGAAUACCUCUAGUGUUGGCAACAUGCUAGAAACACUAGGCUGGUCACCAUUGGAGAAACGACGACGACAAUCCAGGCUUUCCAUGAUGUACAAGAUAAAUAAUGGGCUGGUUCACUGUUCCAGUAUUAAACAGAAACUUGUCCCUCUCCCCCGACAGCGACGAGACUAUGACAGGCAAUUCAGGCUCAUACCAGCAAGAAGCCAGUAUAGGAGCUGCUCAUUCCUGCCCAAGACAAUCAGGGACUGGAACCAUCUUUCAAAAGGAACAAUUGAGGCGACAACAUUAGACACAUUUGUGUCUAUUGCCUCAAGCCUUCAAACCCCUAGUGCAUGAUUUCCUCAUCAACACCAGUAACAGAAACAUUGCAAAUCCCAUCUACAUGCAUAGGAGACAAAAUGAUCAAUAAAUUAAUAGUGGGCCCUUAAGAUAUAGAAGAAGAAGAAGAAUGAAUGAAUGUUAUAUGACUAAUAUUGGAGUUUUUCUAUUUGAGGUAGGUGAUGCAGGAAAUUUUUUAAAUUGACAAUCAAAUGGUAAUUUUUUUUUAUCAGGUGGACUUUGCCCCUCCAGUUGGUUACAGGGAACCAGAACGACGGCCAAGAAUCACAGAUCAUGUGGAUGGCGCUGUAAGACUUUAUUAAAAUUAACUUUAUGGUUUUAAAGCAAAGAGGAAAUUAAGGGCAAAAGUGGGGAAAACGAAGGCCUGAUCCAAUUAUUAAACAUGAUUCAAAUUUUCCAUCAUACAGGAACUUGAAACUGACAGUGCAGAUGAUAUGCAAGCUUUCAGGGUAGGUAAAUUUGAUUUAAUUUUUGCUACUUGUCUACUUUUGAGACAACUUAAGAGAUUGUGAUUCAUAUUUCUUUUAAAAACAUUGAAAGACACCAAUCAAAUAAAAAACAUUGUAGUAUUUCAGUGUAAUUUUUAAAUGAUUAACUCAUGAAAAUAAUUAUUGUUUGACCUCUUUGUUGCUGUAGAGUAAGUGUAAUAAAGAUGUUAAAAUGUAUUCAAGAAUAAUAUUCAAAAGUGAGAAUUGUUUUUAUUGAAUAAAUGCAAGAUAGUAAGAUGUUUGCUACAAGCUAUUGUUUUUAUUCACUCAUCAGCCUUUUGCUGGUCAAGGCAACAGAUUGGAUGGCAAGACAAAGGGAACAGAAGUAGGAGCUAGUAAUAUUGGUCAAAUUGGACCACAUAGAAGGUGAGACAUUUUAAAGAUUUUUUUUAUCUGUAGAAAAAACAUUUUAAGUUGGUAAAGUGCAUUUCAGUUCUAACCCUUUACAGUCUGAUGUGGCCUUAAUGCACAGUAUUAUUAUACUGGACCUAAUAGCAGCAUACAUAUACUUAAUAACAAUUGAUCAUGGAUGAAAUUUUAAAAAAUAAAUGCUAUGUACUUUGCUUACCAUUGAGCUUGAACUAUUUUUAGGGGAAUACCCAACUACAACUUCAAGCGUGGUACCAUCACAUUCAUACGAAGUGUUCGGCCAGUUGCUAAUGGAAACACAGAAGAGGAAGAGGACAAAACAUUUGAAGCCUUUUCUGGGCAAGGACAAUCAUUAAAGAAGAAAAACAGAACUUAAAAUAUCUUAGGAUUGUUUUGUUAUCAAUCUGCUGUUUGGAAGAAACGGUCAUAUAGAUGGUCAAAUUGCUGCGGAAUUCUUGGUAUACCGUGUGCUGAAUAACUACAGCAAAAUCAUUAACAGUUUUGACUGAUUGGUAAAACUUUAUAACAAAUGUUUUUAUCCAUACUGAUUGGUGAAACUUUAAAAAAAAAAUGUUUUAUCAGACCCUACAAGCUUCUAAAGUUACUAUUGUUGGUCAUAUUUUGUUACAUAGUCAGAAACUUAAAGAAUUCUUGGAUUAUAAGUUUGUGGGGUUUUUCUUUCUAUCAUUUUUUAAAUUAUAAUGUCAUUUUUUUUUUAAAAUUUGAAGAGUAAAAUAUUUGUAGCAUAGACAUUUUGGACAAGAUGAAAGGGGGACAAGAUGAAGAUUUGAGUUUUUGGUGUAUGGCAUAACUUGGAUGUCACGUGCAGACACAGCUUUGCAAUUCUCUGUCAAGUGUGUCGAAGAUUCUUCUUUUAUUAAUUUAUAAAUAUUGUUACGUUAUUUACAGAUAUUUUUUCUUGUACUACGGAUACAUCAAUAAAUGAAUAUCUUAAGAACAUCAUAUCAUCCAAUUUUUAUAUUGAGGCUCAGUAAAUGUAAAUGUGGAUAAAGGUGUUAGUAAAACUGAAUCCUGGAAUCAUAUAUAAAAUUGAAUCCUGAAAUCGUAGGAUUGAAAAAUAACACUGGGAUUUGAUAAAAUGCAUAGAAGUUAAUUCAAAAUUUUAAAAAAUGGACUUGUAUUCCCAGAUUAACUUGACUACUCCUUAAAAUUAUUUGACAAACCAGCUGGUAAUUUAAGAAUGGUUUCCUACAAUCUUUAAAAAAAAAAAAAAGAGCAUGUCAAAGACUACAGAUAUUUGUCUGCAUAUUGUAAGCCAAUGUUUAGUGCCAAGGUUAUGCACUUUAAUGAUAUUUUAAUUCAAAAUUUUAAAAAAUGGAAUUGUAUUCCCAGAUUAACUUGACUACUCCUUAAAAUUAUUUGACAAACCAGCUGGUAAUUUAAGAAUGGUUUCCUACAAUCUUUAAAAAAAAAAAAAAAGAGCAUGUCAAAGACUACAGAUAUUUGUCUGCAUAUUGUAAGCCAAUGUUUAGUGCCAAGGUUAUGCACUUUAAUGAUAUAGUUCAGUCAAUGAAAUUAAUAGUUCUUGAUUUAUAAAUUAAGAAAACUUAUAUCUUUUUAUGACAAUGAAAAGAUAUAUUGACCAGUUUUUAGUUAUUUUUAUCUCUAAACUACCUGCCAUCUGAAGGACCUCUUUAUUGAAACCCUUAGUAUAUAGAAAUGUAAAGGACUUCAAAGUAUUGAAAGAGCUGAGAGAGAUUUAGUUUAAGUUUUAUCGCGGUCCGACCUCAUAUAAUUGGUUAGUAAGAAAAUCCAACAAGAAAUAUUGCAUAACCAUAAAAAGCUUUAAAAAAUUUGCUUAAAAAAUCUUGGCACAAAAAGAUUUUUAAUGAUAUCACUGAAUCACAGUAUAAGUAAUAAAUGUGACAUCUGAUAGUUAAAAAAAAGAACAUUGUGGAAAAAGUUGUGCCUAGCUGCUCAUGUCGAAAGCUAUUUCCAAUACAUUCAUACAUUUCUGUUUUAAACUACUUCAAUGGAACUUUUGGACAUUUGCCAUGAACGGGUUUGACAGGAAAUUCAUUGUCCAGGUUGGAAGAAACCAGGCAUUCUCAAGUGAAAUAAAUGGCUACACAAGUAUCUAAUCAUGAUUUUGUUGUACUGAACCUUGAACUCAUUUAUUGGUUGGGGAUUUGUGGGGUCUAUGAAUUAUUGAUCAACAAUUUGCAAAAAACAAAAAAAAAUUUUUUGUUAACCCAUAAAAUAUAUUUUUGUGAUCAUGAUGAUGCACAUACAUGACUGUGGUAUCCUUAAUACUGUUAUGGUGGAAAUUCUUCCCCCAUCCCCCAAUGAAAUUUUUUUUUUUUUUUAAUGGAAAUUUCUUAAUAAAAUCCAACCCUCCCUUUUUAAAAAAUAUUUUAUAUUUAAUUUUGUUCGUGUUUCUUUCUGGUUGGGUGGCAAAAUCUUCGGACAGUUAAUUGACCAACCUCCCAUUAACCUAUCGAGUUGAAACUUGGCACAUGGACUUGUUGCCGAUGACAACACACUCUUAACUCUAUCAAACUUUCACCCCUUACCCCAAAAAUCAGUUUUCCUGUUUUUCAAGGGAAAUAUGAUGCCUUUGAUUUCAUACACAAAAAUUCCAGAUAACUGCGCUAAUAUGACAUUAUUAAAAAAUAUUGCAAGUGCGUUCAGUGCGUAAUAUUUUCUAUUAUUUUGCUGAAUUAGUUGGUGAAAUAAAUUUGAUGUAUAAAAUCGGGUGGGUCAUUAGAAUAUUAAUAUAGUUCAGGAGCAUGAAAAAAGUUAUACGAAAAACCUUGUUUUUUGGGGUUGUUAAAUUAAAAAUUCAUUUCCAUCUAUUGUGUUCACUAAUAUUUU